AUGCCUUGGGCUGCAGAUCUUCGAAAGAAACUCCUCGAGCUGUACCCCCUCCCAUCAGAUCUCGCCCCUAUCCCGGAUGACGCCCUCUUGCCCCCGAGAUACAGCAUCUCACUGAUUAACGUCAACGGUCACGCCAGCAAACUGCGGCCCCAAAGCUCCGAACCAUCUGUUGAUGAACUGGUUGAAAAGACGGAGUCGAUGACAGUCGCUGAAACUCCGCCACAAGCUCUCCUUCCGAUCCCCGCCAGCCAGACGGCCUCCCUCUCACAAAACAACCGCGUGACUCCUUCGACGCACUUCCAAGAUGUCCGCCAAAUCCGUCUCUCCGUCCCCGGCCAACCCGCGAUAAACCCCUUUGACAGCUUGACAAUCUACCCCAAAAACUUCCCCCUCGAUGUCCAAAAGCUCAUCGACCUAAUGCACUGGGAGUCGGUCGCAGACACACCCCUCUCUCUACCCUCAGACCUUCCCCGAGGGCUCUUUGUAGAUGUCGACGGUCCAGUUACUUUACGCGACCUGCUCACCCACAACCUCGACAUCACGAGUAUCCCCCGCCGCAGCUUCCUCAAGGAAAUGUCCUACUUCACCACCGACGAAUACCACAAGGAGCGACUACUCGAGUUCACGAUGCGCGAGUACACCGACGAGUUCUACGACUACACCACGCGCCCGCGCCGCACCAUCCUUGAAGUCCUCGAAGAGUUCACCUCCGUCAGGAUACCACUGAGCAGAGUGCUCGACAUGUUCCCCAUCAUGCGCGGGCGGGACUUCAGCAUCGCCAGCGUCAGCCACGAAGGCCCGUCAACCAGCAUUGAUCUACUAGUGGCGCUGGUGAAGUACAAGACCGUCCUCCGCAAGAUCCGCCAGGGCCUCUGCUCGCGAUAUCUCGAGUCCCUACCCAUGGGGACACCGCUCCGGAUAACGCUGAACCGCAGCUCCGCAUCGCUCCACGGCCCCAUGAACGCCCGUAGACCGCUGGUGGCGGUCGCGACCGGCACGGGCGUAGCGCCCCUUCGUCUUUUUGUCGAGGAGCGCUUGUCGCACCAGGGGAUGGGCGAGACGGCUAUAUUCUUCGGUAAUCGCAGCAGGCACGCGGAUUUCCAUUUCAAGCAUGUGUGGGAAGACCUCGAGACACAGCGGGCUGCUGCGGAAGGAGGCCCGUCAGGGAAAAUUGAGGUUUACACGGCCUUCUCCCGCGACAAGGACACGCCUCGCGAGUACGUCCAGGAUGUGAUUCGCAAGCAGACCGAAAAGGUUAGAUCCAUGGUGGCCUCUAACGCCAUCUUUGUUAUCUGCGGCGGUAGCCUCAAGAUGUCUCGCGCAGUUAAGGAGGCUGUCAAGAGCUGCCUGGCCGAGGACAAGGAUACUUAUCCUGACGAGGCGGCGGUCGAGGCCGCCUUUGGAAAAUUGACUUGGUGGGAGGAGAUUUGGUAA